AUUGUGAAAUCUUACAUUUCCAGUUUAAACAGCUUAAACUUCAGCAUCCAUAUUCCCCACCUUCCAACCACUGAUACCUAUCAACGAUCCUCACAUGGAGAAGAGGAUCCAAUUGAUAAGAAGCCAGCUUGUUUCACAACGUCCUCACUUGUUUCUUCUUUCACUAGCCUUCGCUUUCCUUGUGGCAGAUCCAUUUGGUUUAAGUCCAGUAGGGGACACUGACUUUAAUCCAGUGAAGAAUGACAUUGCACCAUACAAACAAGUCAUGGAAAGUUGGCAUGGAGACAAGAAUAACCGGUUAGGCCUCGGCAAUUUGGAGUUUGUUAAUGAAAUUUAUGGUCCUGAAUCACUUGAAUUUGAUAUUUUGGGUCAUGGACCAUAUGCUGGACUAGCUGAUGGACGUAUUGUACGGUGGAUGGGGGAAGAUGCUGGUUGGGAAACAUUUGCACUCGUCACACGUAACUGGUCGGAGAAGCUUUGUGCUAAAGGAAAAGAUUCAACAACACCUAAGCAAUACAGAGUUGAGCCAGAAUGUGGCAGGCCCCUUGGGCUAAGGUUCAAUAAACAGACAGGGGAUUUGUACAUAGCAGAUGCAUACUAUGGACUCCUAGUUGUGGGUCCUGAAGGAGGCGUGGCAACGUCCUUGGCUACACAUGUUGAAGGGAACCGAAUACUCUUCGCCAACGACCUUGAUAUCCAUACAAAUGGCUCCAUCUUCUUCACGGACACUAGCAAGAAAUACAACAGAGUGAAUCAUUUUCUCAUAAUGUUAGAAGGAGAAGACAGUGGUAGACUUCUUAGGUACGAUAUUGCUACGAAAUCUACUCAUGUUGUUUUGGAUGGAUUGACGUUCCCUAAUGGAGUACAAUUAUCCAAGGAUCAAACUUUUCUUCUCUUCACUGAAACAACCAAUUGCAGGCUGAUGAAAUACUGGAUAGAAGGUCCAAAGAGAGGGAUAGUUGAGAUUGUUGCAAACCUUCCAGGAUUUCCAGACAACGUAAGGGUGAACGAAAAAGGUCAAUUUUGGGUUGCAAUAGAUUGUUGUAGAACUCGUGCACAAGAAGUCCUGAUAAACAAUCCAUGGAUGAGAAGCAUUUACUUUAGAUUACCAAUUCAGAUGCGUUACCUGGCUAGAUUGAUGGGGAUGAAAAUGUACACUGUUAUAUCACUCUUCAAUGAAAAUGGAGAAAUUAUUGAUGUUCUUCAAGAUAAAAAAGGUGUAGUUAUGAAGUUGGUUAGUGAAGUUAGAGAAAUAAAUGGCAAGCUAUGGAUUGGGACUGUGGCUCAUAACCAUAUUGCUACCCUUCCAUACCCAUAAAUAAAACUAUGUUUUGCAUUUCUUUUUUUAUUAAUUAAUUUUGCAAUCUUAGUAUGGCUUCCUUCAUUUAUGUGUAACAAAACUAAUGAAUAAUACCCCAACACUUGUUUAACCCAUU